AUGAAGUUCCUCACCCCCCUCGUCCUCGCCAUGGCAGCCCUCACAACCGCCAUGCCCGCGGCCGAGAACCCCGCCGUCCCCGCCAUCGCCGCCCGCCAGAACCAGAACCGCCCCGUCCCCCGCGGCACCUGCUGCGUGGCCAACACGUCCCUCAAGCAGGACUCGUGCUUCGCCGCCAACGGCCAGCCCGGCCGCUGCGUCCCCGGUGGUAACAACUGCGGCUCCAGACUCAGCUGCGUAGCCAACAGCCAGCUGACCUGCACCAAUAACAUCAUCGAGCGCGGCAAGAACCUCUGCCGCGCCAGGGCCGGCAACGGCCGCUUGUUUGAUGGCGCGAGGUUGAUCAACAACUUGAACCAGGCCACCGUCAACUAA